UGCGGGAAGGAGGCUGCUUGUGGGGAAUAAAUUCAGGAGGGACGGCGGAAGAAUUCUGCCCGGGGCUACUUUUUGUUCGGCUUCGUCGCGUCCUUUGCAGACGCGCUCGCGGCCUUGACUGGGCCCCGUUUUGAGGGCCGUCGCCAUGGCGACAGGACGCGGUUGGAUUCUGAGGCAGCACAGCUUAGGGGGUUCGCGCCCUCCUCCCGGCGUCGACUCGCGGUCGCCAUUCCUGGUCGCUCCUCCAGGCGGGGGGAGCUGGAGUGCGGCUGGCUGUCCUUUGAGGGACAGUGCUAUGUCGAAAUACCCAGCAGCUAUGCAACUCAAAAAGACACACACUUCCAGGAUGUGUACGAGGUCUACUAGUAUCAAGUCAAAUUCUGCAAUUGAUUUUGACAGAAUGCCAUCAGAGAUACUUCUGAAGAUAUUAUCCUACCUGAAUGCAGAGUCACUGCUGUGUACUGGCUGUGUGAAUAAAAGUUUUUAUCAUCUGUCCAAUGACAAUACAAUCUGGUUCAAAAUAUAUUCUAAGUCUUUUCUGCCUAAAAGAAAAAAAUGGAGGACUGGAUCUGCCCAGGAAUCAGCUGUUUCUCUGAAUCUUCCAGAGUUGCAAGAUAGGGAGUCAGGAUAUUGGAAGAAGGAGUACAUCAUGAAAAAGAUAGCUGCUGGCAAAGCUGAUCUGAUUCAGCUUCUGAAGCCAAUAAAUACAUGUACUGGCCUUCCACUGAAAACCAAAGAAGCUAUCAAGGUUUCUGGUUUAAAAUGGAUGGUCAUACUAAAGGACAGAAAUGGAAAGCAACAUGUGCUGGAGCAGACAGACAUCUUUUAUAAUGAGACAUCUGUUACUGUGUGUUGGAAUUACUUAAAGUGGCCUUGUUUAGACACUUUGUCAGGUUUGCAGCUAUUUGGAGUGACACCUGUACUUCUAAGUGACAGUCAAGUUCAGCCUAAGAAUAGGCCUUUGCAGCGUUCUUUAAUUUCUGAAUAUGAUCUGGCUAACCUGACUAAAAAUGCAAAGAUGAUUGGCUGUGAUGCCCUUGUUGAACUUUACUCUUUUGAUCAAGGACUCUUGGUGGGAUUUUGGAAGAAAAGUGAAAUUGCUUUCAUUAUGGCAUGUCUUCAUUAUCAUCAGCUCAUUGAAAGAAGCACCCUUGGCUCUGCCACAGUGAGAUAUGCUGCAGCCCCAGAUAAGGCUAUAUUGGAUGAUAUUGACCCAGAAUAUGGCAUGCAUGGCUAUCAGCUACACAUUGACUUACACAGCAGAGGAAAUACUUACAUGUGUGGCACAUUUCGUAGUUUGUUUUGUAAAAAAGAUUACAUUAGAAAUGGAUACAUGAGGUUUACUGUGAUAAGUUACAAAAAAACGGCCCAACAUGUACCUCUUGUUGGAAACAUUGGCUUAUCUUGGAGCACAGGUGUUUUUGAAGGCAAUGUUCAGAAUUGUUUCAUUAUGGAUGUGACCCUUCUGGAUGAUUCACAAAAACCAUAUUGGUGUUUUAGUGCUCCAGUCAAUAUGGUGCUGUCUCCCAAGCCAUCCAGUCUCUAUCAAUAUUUGGGACCCAGCUAUUAUUUGAAUUACAUGGAUUUGACUGGAAAAGUACAUAUGGAGCUGGUGUGGAUGGAAGAAACAAAUGAAUACUGUAUAAUCAAUCUGGUCCUUUAUUUGAGCACUGAGAAAGUUAAUAACUGGUUUGGUACAAAUUACUGAAUUUAGUUUUUUAAACAGAGUUGCUUUACAUGAAGGUGGUUAUUUUGAAUUUUACCUGUCCCUAAAAAUAUGUACCAUAAUUUACAUGUAACAAAAACUUAUGUUAGCUGUCUGUGAAUUAAAAAGAAUAGUCAAUUUUCUGUAAACAUGUAAAAUAAAUUACUUUGUCUUUGAA